UUUUUUUUAAAAUAUUUUUGGUUUUUUUUAUAAUUUUUUUUAAUUUUUGUUUAAUAAUUAUUUUUUUAAAAACGGACCAAUCUGAAGAUGACACGUGACAAGUGGUGGGGUCAAUUAAUGGUCAACUAACGGCCGUCAGUCAUUAAUGACACUCGGUGAAUUUUUUUAAAACUCGGUGACAUUUAAAUAAUUUUGAAAAGGUUAAUGGUAUUUGAUAAAUUUUGAGAUUGUUUAGGGACACUUGGUGAAAUAGUCAAUUAUUAUUUCUAUGCGAGUAAUACAUACUCCGUUUCUUCAAGUGUAAAGCGGCAGAGAUCAAAGUGGAAUAAGAAUGUCAGAAUUAGAGAUCAAACUCUCUCGAUCAAAUCGCAUCUAUCGUCCUGAUGAACCACUUCAAGGUAAAAUCAUCACUAAGUUUUCAUCUUCUGUCUCCCAUUAUGGCGUUCGCCUAUCUGUCAAUGGAUCAGUCAAUCUCCAGGUUCGUGGAGGCUCAGCUGGGGUUAUUGAAUCUGUUGUUGGAGUUCUUAAACCCAUUACCAUUGUGAAAAGGAGUGUUGAAAUUAGACCUUCUGGGAAGAUAAGCUCAGGCACUACGGAGAUUCCUUUUUCUUUGAUUUUGAAACAACCAGGAGAGAGAAAAUCGGGAAAAUUUUACGAAACAUUUCAUGGGGAAGAUAUAAGCAUCCAGUAUCUGCUAACUGUAGAAGUAGCACGCGGUUACCUGCACAAGUCAUUGUCAGCAACAUUAGAGUUCAUCAUUGAAAGUGAAAAAGCGGAACAUCUUGAGCUGCCUAUUUCGCCUGAACUCGUGUUCUUCUAUAUCACACAGGAUACCCAAAAGCACCCAUUGCUUUCUGAACUAAAAUCAGGUGGUUUUCGUGUAAGUGGUAGAAUUCCAACUCAGUGCUCAUUGUCAUGUGCCCUCAGGGGAGAACUGACUGUAGAAGCAUCUGCAUUGCCAAUCCAGUCCAUUGAUAUCCACUUGCUACGUGUGGAAUCCAUUCUUGUCGGAGAUAGGAUUGCAUCAGAAACAUCUUUGAUUCAAACUACUCAGAUAGCAGAUGGAGAUAUCUCUCGAGGCCUGACUCUACCCAUUUACGUCUUACUUCCAAGGCUUUUAACAUGUCCCAGUGUCUUAGCUGGUCCAUUCUCAAUUGAGUUCAAGGUCUCCAUUGUCAUCAACUUUCAGUCAGAGCUUAGCAAACUGCACCCCAAAUCUGAUCCCAGAACGCCAAGACUAUGGCUUGCAAUGGAAACAUUGCCACUUGAACUAGUUCGGACCAGGUGAAAUUCAUGAGGUCAUGAUUGAUUGGCAACUCACCUUUUCUCACUCUGCACUUCUAGGAAUGCCGUGAAAGAUGGUCGGUAAAUCAGGAAAAUUAUUGUGUUAAUUAAUCAGUAGUAUCCAUGUUCAGAAUUAUGCUGUAUCUACUUCAUUUGGCAGUCACUGGCCAGAUAGAUCAUAGAUGGAAAUUGAAAGAAAUUCUAUUUGUAGGAUUUUUCUGUAUUGAAUUUGAGAGCUCAAAAAUGUUGGCGUUGUGUAUAUUGACCAGGAACAUGCUGUUGGAUUCUUUGUAUUAUUUGAUACACUACCCAAGGAACAUGAUGAAUUGAUGAGUAGUGAAGUGCUCAUAUGCUUAUUUCGAU